AUGUUAUCAAAAUUAGUUAAAGAUCAUCAAACACAUCAAAAUAAAUUAAAAGAAGAGAAUGAGGUAUUAAAAAAAGAAGCAAUAGCAUCAAUGGGUGUUGUAACUAAUGGAUUAAUAGAUUCAGUUAAUACAGGUGUUGCAUGUAUAUUUGCAAAUCAAAAGAAAUUAGAAACAGAGGCAAGAUUAUUACAAGCCAAUACAGCAAAAUUCUCAAAACAAACAAAUCAAUGGAUUCAUUUAAUUGAAAACUUUAAUAAUUCAUUAAAAGAAAUUGGUGAUGUUGAAAAUUGGUCAAAAAAGAUCGAAAGUGAUAUGCAUAAUAUCUCUGAUAUCAUAGAAUUUUUAUAUAUAAACUCAAAUCCAAUUCAACAACAACCACAACAACAACCACAACAACAACAACAAUAA